AUGCGCCAAGGCCUUUUCUUCAUCGGCCUUCUGGCUCAGGUCUUAUUCGUUUCGGCCGAAUACUACGAGAUAGAGGGACAUUUUUCCAAUUUGCGCUACUCCUAUCUCUCUGACGGACCUGAGAACUUGGCGGCAAAGCGACAAGCUGUCGAGCAACUAUCGCAAAAGCUCUCCGCUAGCCUCGAUGGAGAUUUGUCCGAUUUCUAUGUGAAUAAUUUUGAAAUCCACGGGAUAGGAGCCGGGAUACCGACAGUGAUUUUUCAUGGAUUUCUCACGACAUCAUCCGCACUAUCACGACAGGAGAUUAUUGAUCAGAUUACUGCCAGCGGAAACAUUAAGCUGUACUAUUUGGGAAAAAUAGAUUCACUUCCUCCUCUUCCAUCAGUGGAAGAUAGCGACCCUGCAACAAAUUUUACUUGCUAUAAUGGUGGAAUUCUUCUUCCGAACAACACUUGUGUGUGUCCGGGUUUUGUUAGUGGAAAACAAUGCGAAAUAAUCACAUGUCUUCACUCCGGAAUUCUCGAUAAGAAUCGAUGCACCUGCCCGCCGGGAGCGUAUGCGUUAAAUUGCGAACCAAGAGGCUGCAUGCCGAGCGUGCAAGCAAACAUGGACACAACCCAUCAAUCGUUUAUACUUGUCAUGAAUCUUCGAUCGACCAUGGCUUAUGAUCUACAUCUGCUGAUCGGGCAGAUGCCCACCUGGAUCAGUGAUAUCAAUAAAGCAGCGCCAGGACUAAUCGAUAACUACCUCGUUACCACAUAUUUACAGUAUAAGGACACUUACUAUAUGAAGAAUCAAACCUUUACAACGUCCGCUGAUAUGUUGGAGUAUCUAAAUGGUUUAGUGAUCUCAGCUGGUGAUGAUGAUCAGCCCACAAUUGCAGCCAUAAACAGUGCACAAUCCUUCUCUUCACUCAUGCAUCCAACAUCAGUGGUUUACGUCUUCGCGGAUUCACUGGAUUCUAGUGACAUCCCCUACAAUCCGAAACUUUCAUCGAAUUCUAUUGAAAUAAAUACGAUACAAGUUAUGCUUUCCUGGAGAAAUAAGCUGGUCAUUCUGCUCUCAGAAACCGACGACGCUCCAAUGGACUACUUCGGCGAUUAUUACGAUAUAUUCCGUCGUGUUGUGAAAGCAACCCAAGGCGAUUUGAUCGUGUACGAGAAGGAGAACGCUGCUAAUAUCAUCGACCAAUUACUACCGUAUUACUAUCAAAUGGAAAACAUGGCCGCUUUGUACGGUAUUAGCCCUCAGGACGAUGUUGUAGUCAACAUCCGAGCUGACUAUCCCUCUCAAGUCGUAUAUAUACUUAUCACCGCCGAAAAUUCACCAGCGCCUGGUGUACUCGAUCAGAAUGGGUCCCCACCGAAACCGGAAACAUCGGGUAGAUAUUUUAAGCUCUUUCGAACAACCGCUACAGCAAUGCCCAAAAUCACGGUGACAUCAAAGCGGAACGCAAGCACCAACGUUCGUGUCUGGAUAAACUCACCAAAUACCGUAUUCCUAGCCUCGAAUCCCGAUCCGACUGUGGAUGUUGGCAGUGCCGUUUCCGUUUCCGAGUUGACCACAUAUACAACCGCUUUCAUUGCUGGUUUCGUGUCUUCGGUCACGAUUGCCACUUACGAUAUGAAAGGAUCACCGAUCCGGAAAGCAGCGGUCGGUAGCUCAAGCAGGAACGCUGAAUGCACUUAUCCGCAUAUAUUCCCAGCAGCAGAAAGCUGUACGCUUGGACCUUUUUUACAGGAGUUGACUUUUACGACUGACUCUAGGACCGUUUACCGACUAAUUCCUGGUUUUUGCGCUCAACCAGAUCAUCCGUCACCAAUCCCAUUCUCUUGUUUUAACGGUGGCACUAAAACUGGUACAGCGACUUGUCGUUGUACGAAUUUGUUCACGGGACGGAAUUGCGCUACACCGGUAUGUCUAAACGGCGGUGAGGUGGAGAAAUUCCCUGGUAACGGUAGGCCGCUGUGCGAAUGUCCAGCAGGUUACGGUGGAGAUCAUUGUGAAAUUUUGUCCUGUAGCACACCUUCCACGAAUAUUUUCGGCUCUACGAAACGUUCACUGGCCGUCGUCAUUCAGAACAGUUUUUCACAAGCUUGGCUCAACGACCAUAUUAACUCCGGGCUGACUGCACUUUUGAACUAUAUGGGACAAGCGGACGCUUUCGAUCAAUACAUCCUGUCUACCUAUAACACCAUUACGGUCCAAGGUCAGCCAACUGUACGUACAGUUAUAACUCCUUACUCAACAGCUACAACAUUCCUGAAUGCCACAACAUCUGCUGCUAUUUUAUAUCAAAAUUCCCAAUACGAAACGCAACCAUCGCUGGAUGCACUAUGGCAAACAAUUGAGAGUACUCCAUACGACAAAUCCUCGAUUUUUCUUUUCACUGACGCCGCACCUUCUUCCUCCUCGGUUAACAUAGAUAUUACGAGUAUCACACUCCUGGCUAUCGAACGUCAACUACAAAUCAACGUGAUCAUCACCGCUCCUUAUCAGAUGAGCAGUCAAUGUAUGAUGGGCGCAUUUGCUUCGAUCUACUCUCAAUUAACCUACGCAACGGGCGGUACAAUCCUGAAUCUCUGUGAACCGUAUAAAAAUUUCUAUCCAAGAGAUAUUAUUACAGAGUUCUUCACCGGUUACGGUAUUACUCAUCAUCAUGUGGAAACGCUGCAAGAAGUAAUGAUUUCGGAUUGUUCCAUCCCGACAGAGAUCCUGUUCUAUAUCGAUGAUCCAUCAACACAAGUUUAUGCAUUUGUGAACAGUGUGCAGAUCGAAAGUUUCAAUGUUGACAUGGCUGAUAACGACAGUGGUCCUAAAAUGUACAGUAUACCGUCUCAAGUACUAACGCCAUUCUUUGGUAUUUAUCAAAUAUUUCCAACCGUUUACAAUCGUCUCGGCUAUACACUGAGAGUUCAAGCGGCUCCGAACUCGACGCUUGGCUCGUGUUCGGUUCGGAUUGUUGAGAAAACUCAACUCGCCGCAUAUCUCGGAUUUACGUCGGAUCCUUCAAAGGACAGUCCUUCCCAAACUCUCACUUACGCAACUUCCUCUAAUCCUGUGGUGCAUGUGAGCUCACAGUUCCAAUCGGAUGUCCAACCGAACAUCGUUUUCCACAACAGCGACGAGACAGUACGGUACAACGCAACGGGCACUCGUCGCCUACCAUCGUGUCAUUAUGAGAGUUUCUAUGGGACUCCGUUUACUUGUAAUAAACUAUACAGUUAUUUCCUGGCAACGAUAACCCUACAAACCAACGAAGCAACAAUGCAGCGUACACAAAGAGCAUAUUGCUAUUUGGAGCCGACCGUCUGCCUCAACGGUGGCACAUCGGCCGAUGAUAAUACAUGUAAUUGUCGACCGGGUUUCAACGGUGCAAAAUGUGAGAGCCCAAUUUGUCAAAACGGUGGUGUGGUGGUGGAUUAUAAAUGCGUUUGUGAAGCCGGUUAUACGGGACAAUUUUGUCAAUACGUUGCUUGCCAAGAAUGGAACUAUCUGGAGACACACGAUGUUAGACAACACGAGUUCCGACAGAUAACGUUUGUCGUUGAAAAGAACAUUGGAAUGGUACUCCCGACGGUCUAUCUUCAACAGAUGAUCGCCAGCUUCGUCAACGAAACAGAGAGCAACAACAUCCCGAAGCAAUAUUCGCUUGUCACUUUCGACGAAAAUGUCGUGACAAAUGUCGUUAGUACUUCAAACACUGAUCAAUUUGUCAACAUCUUCAACAACGCCCUGAAUAACUCCACAAAUACUGACCCAGUUUCGACAUUGGCCGGCCAAGCAAUAGAAGAGGCUUACAAAAUCACAAUUCAACCACCAUCUAUUAUUUAUUUGUUCACUUCACACAACUUCACCAAAUUCUCCAAUACUAUCAUCAAACAACGCCUUGGAACUCAGGUUAACAUCUUUUCAAUGCAACUGCAGACUUACCCCCAGCAACCAAAUGAUUUCCGUGUUCCCAUGAUUGCACGUCAAUCCGGAGGACGUCUCUUACCACUGACAGUGUUAGCAGCCAGGGAUCUCUUGAGAGUUCUUGUUUCGGCAGUUAAAGAGAACGCUCUGCUCUACGAUGAUGGUUUCAAGGACUGUACCACACAGCAAACGGUUAGCUUUUUCGUCGAAUCCACUGCAUCUCGGGUGAUUCUGGAUAUUACGGGGAAUGACGUAACCACUAACGGGGCUGUUUCUGUCACCGAUGGACAAGGAAACGCUGUACCUGUGAAAAGCGGGAAUGCACUGAUGAACGAUGCAGCUGCGUUAGUGGUCGAGUUCCCGCUGAAAUCAGGCGGACCUGUUGGAGGUAAAUGGACUGUCACUAUCAAAACCACUUCCGGUAGUUGUUUCAUACAGGCUCGAACUGAGUCUCCUAUUCAUGUCAUUCCUGGAUUUUCCUCUUCACGUGAUGUUGACGUGGUGAAGUCGGGACCGUUUUCAACUUUAGGUACAAACGCAAGUGUUUACGUGACCGCUCGCGUGACAAACUCGCGUGACGCAAACUACGGGGUCACGCUUGACUCACUCACUAUUACGAAUGCGGAUUAUUCUGCACCGUGGAACGAUAAACCGUUGACUGGUCAAUCCAUUCAUCCCAGAGAUCCUGUCGGAUGCGCAAAUCAAUUCGUGACUGACGUGUUCUCGUCACCAAAAACCACUUACCAAAAAUAUAUGAUCACGGGUACCGACAAUAAGGGCACCCAAUUCCAAAGAACCUUCUUCUUUUCGCAACCGGCUACAGCAGAUUCCACUACUCAAUGUGUAAACGGUACUCGUAACGCAUACGGUGAAUGCAUUUGCAGUAACAGAUACACAGGGGAUUUCUGCAGUGAUCGGGUAUGCCUCAAUGGUGGAACGGCUAGUCUCGGAACAUGUGUGUGUGUGAACGGAUAUUUCGGUGAUUUCUGUGAAAACGCACUGACAGACUCGACCACCUCAACGUCAACGAAGAAACCUGCAACAAAAACAACAACAAGAGCAACAACAGCAUCGGUCACAAAUUCUCCAACUACACUCUUAUUGACUACAGAAAGAACUUCUAAAGCAACGACGUCUAAUGGGCAACCGACUUCGCAGCAAACGACUUCGCGCACGCCGACAGCUCGAUCCGUUCCAGUGUCGACAACCACAAGUGGAACAUCCAGGAUUACUUCUACUGUCGCGCAAAAAACAACAGCUGGUUCCGGGAUUUCCACGUUGCCGAUUUCAAGCUCCGUAACGCAAAUCAAAUCGUCAACGCAAAUCACUUCGAUUCCACCAAUAAAGUCAUCCACGAAUAAAUACGCUUCAUCAACUCCACUCAUACCGACCUCAUCAUCUUUCGCUGAAACUACAUCUUUCGGAAGUACGGGUCCGCCUCCGGUUUGUUUCCCUGCAACAACAACGUUUAUGAUUAGCUUUUUGAUAGACGCAUCAAAUCCUACCUCCAUGUUCCUGAAUUCGCAAGAAAAUGUGAUACAAAAUGUUGCGCAGAAGUUUGAUCUGGGAAGUGGACAACAGCAGACGAGGUUCGUUGUAUCAGGUAUGGCUGAAACUUAUAUUUCGGGUGGAGACGCUCGAAACAUCGCGGAUAUCGACAGUGAUUUUAACAAAAUUGUUGACGACGACAAUUUUGGCCAAAUGAUUUUGAAUGUUGGAGAAUCGCUGCAAGGUUAUCAAAGUAGCCCGGAAUCUUCGAUCACUUGUUGUGGACCUCCAUUUGUUGUAGUCUUCAUGGGACAGCGGUCGAAUGACAGCAUUCAGGACGGUUACACAAACCUUCAUAGCAAGGGAUACGAACUACUGGCAAUUGAUAUGACCACAGACACCAUUGCACCAACUCUAACACCAAUAUUUGGUGAGAAAAAUGUGAAAUCAUACACUGGAACGUUGAAUGAUUUAACCGAUUGGAUCCAGAACAGAAUUUGUCGAUUAAAAUACUCGGAGCUGUUGAAAUAG